AUGACGAAGUCCUCCACCACCCGGCGCAUGCUUGUUGCCGAGCCGCAGAGACGUAGGGUCUCGUUUAGUGCAGAAGAUAAGAGUGCGAACUCCUUCCGCUCGAAGACGGCCGGCUCCGCGGCAAGUACUUGGUUCAGAUCGGAAUGGAAGAUAUCCGUCAUGGCGCAUAAUGUUUUAUAUAAGAUUGCGCUCGCCUUCUCCCCGGGAUACGACCCGGCAUUAGAGCUCGCCAAUCAUUCCGCCGGUAUCCACCCAAACGGCCAUGUCCGCCGACGUGAACAAGACUUGGUUGACCGUAUCAUGUCGGGUGAAGAGAAGGGACAUUAUUACCUCCUGCUUGGUCCGAAAGGCACAGGUAAGGGGAGCAUGAUCAUGGACGCCAUGAGCGCGACGCAGGCAGACGGUGCGGCGGUUUGUGAGGCACACCCAGACCUUGAGGUAUUCAGGGUCAGGUUGGGCAAGGCUAUCAACUAUGAUUACAACGAGGACGCGCAGUAUGGGUUGUUUCAAGUGAGGGAUCCUAAGGAAGGCGGACCUGCAUUAGACAUUGAAAGAGCUCUGAACAAAUUGGAGAAAUACGCGCUCCUCGGCGUCGCCCGCCGCAGAAAACCCCUCGUGCUCGUCAUCAAUAACAUGCACCACCUACAGAAUGAUGAUUCUGGUCGGGCAUUGGUGCGCGUCUUGCAGCAGCGCGCGGAGAGCUGGGCCGAGAGCGGAAUAUUGACGAUGGUCUUCUGCUCGGACGACUUUUGGCCGUAUACAGUAUUGAGAAAGGCAGCUAACCGGCUGCAGGUUAUGUCUAUCUCGGACCUAUCACAAAGUGAAGCGGUGCAGACUCUCCAGUUCAUGCAACAAGGCAUAGUCGAUCAAGAAAAUUCAGAACUGUGUUUGAGGGAAGCAGUCCGCUGUGUCGGUGGACGACUGGCUGUUCUGAAUCGCAUAGGCCAAGCGGACGAUGUCCUUGGCAAGCACUUUACUGAAUAUCUUGCUCGCGAGAAGGCGUGGCUUUUGGCUCACAUUGGGCUCAUCCCAGACCAUGAUGAUGAUGUCAUGGACGAGCAAAAGUUUGCAUCCAGCUCAUGGCUAUUACUGCAAGAAUUUGUGCGGCUGCAAAAACAGCGCGAGACAGAAAGAGUAGGGAAGGAGGAGGAUUUCGACGACCAGCCAGUCCCUAGUAUACCUUAUUGGCGAUGUCGACAGAUCAUGGGACGGGGAGAUUUCCUUGCAGCACUAGAUCACAGCAACAUCAUAUCAAUCGACAUCACUCACGACGUCAGGCCGGACUCAAUUGUCAUAUUGCAAGCCGCAAAGGAAGUCUGUGAAGCCGAGGGGUUCGAGCAGUCGCUGCAAAAUGUCUUGGAGCGCAUUGAUGAGAUCGAAUCGCUCCAUCGUACGAGAGAGCUUGUGGCAUGUCUUCCUGUUCUAAUCUUAGAAGGAAACUGA